AUGACUCAGCCUCGGACUCGAAAAGAAGUUCAGACCCUAACUGGGCGAGUAGCAGCGCUAACUCGGUUCAUCUCGAAAGCUACUGACCGAUGCCUCCCUUUCUUCAAAUCACUCAAAGGAAACAAAAAUGUGGUACAUAUGGGGCAAGCUCUCAUCUUAUCAAAACCUGAGGUCGGGGAUAUCUUGUCCUUAUAUCUCUCUGUCUCCACAUCGGCCGUUAGCUCGGUACUACGACCAGCAUGUCCGCGAGUAUAA